AUGGAGGCAGCGGGGCGGCGCGGACGGGCGCGGGGGGUGCCGCUGCCCACCCUCCUCCUCCUCCUCCUCCUUCUUCUCGAAGAAGACUGUCUGGCUCAGUGUGAUAAUGACUGCAAGGCUUACUGCUGUGAUGGGACCGCUCCCUACUGCUGUUCAUAUUAUGCUUACAUUGGGAAUGUCCUUUCAGGCACGGCAAUAGCUGGAAUUGUUUUCGGCAUCGUAUUCAUUAUGGGAGUGAUUGCUGGGAUUGCCAUCUGCAUCUGCAUGUGCAUGAAGAACAACCGUGGCACCCGAGUGGGGGUCAUCCGGACAGCACACAUCAACACCAUCAGCACCUACCCGGUGACUCCACCACCGUACAAUUAUGAACAUGAAAUGGAGUACCCAGUUGAUCUACCUCCACCUUAUACUCCAACUCCACAGACUUCGAUACAGUAUCCCCCACCCCCUCCUUACCCUGGUUAUUCUGGAAAAUAACGACAUGGCUUCACCCUGAUGUUAACUGCCUGUUGAAACAGCCAGCACUGUUGGAACAAAUAUUUUUGGCUCAGGGACAAGUAGGAUGGGUUCUGCACCAAUAUAUCUGGUCAAACAUCAAAAUAACCAAGGAGGUUUUCUGUGGCUCAGGACAAAGAAGAAUACUGUCCAUUUUGGACCAUCACAACUCGUGGUUAAACAAUGUGUGACAAAAGAAAGAGUUCCUGUAAGUCAGUGCCUGAUGAGUAGCGUUUAGCAUCGGUGCUUAGCCUUAGCUGCAACCUCUUAGAGCAAAUGGGUAUUGGAGUCUUCCUGUUCAAGAACAUGCACAUGGUUCAGAUGAUUCAACAAGGUCUAUUUGAAAUUACACAGGGGACAGCUGCUGUGACUUAUUCUGCCGGAAAAUUCGAGAUGUGGUCUUCAAACACAAUACACUUUUCUGUGAAACAAGGGGAAUAAGAAAGAACAAGGAAGACUGAAGCUUCAGUUUCUAAUUUGGGAUGAUAAUACAUGAUGAUCAGCUGUGCGUAUUGAUCUGAUAAGUGCUGCUGGAGUUAUUUUUGGCCAAAUGCAGGUUGUUUUAAGUGCCUACUUUUUAAGAAAGUUGAGACUAGUUUAUGGCCUAAUAUGUAAACAUAAACACAUUUUUAUAUGUGAAUUACACUAAUUUAUAGCUGGUGAACUUUUAGCUGGAAAUAUUCUGCACAUUGGACAAGGCUACAGUGCCUUUUUAAAACCAAAUUAUAUGUUGAUUUUUAAAAAAGAAUAUUAAUUCAGGAAUACUCACAAGUGGGAGAAGAAAUCAAUUAUUAGAGUAUCAUAGGUUUGUCUUUCAGUUGGGCUGCAUGAAGAUGUUCUUUAAAAAAAGCAAUCAUACUGUUUUCCAGUAAUAAUGGUAUCCACUCUAACCAAAGAUACGAGAAGAUUGACUGUGAACAUCACAUUAUUUUCAGAUACUGUCUUGGGCAUUCUAAAACUUCAAUUCACCACACAAUAUUUUUUGCAUUUGUCAUGCAUGUUGUUCAAAAGUAUUUGAUCUCUACUACAAAAAGUUCAAAGCUUCAUCGUUUAAGGUAUUCUGUGUGCUUAUUGGGCUGUUACUGAGUAGCAGUUAUUUCACAACAGAGUAUCCAGUUACCAAAAGCAUCAUCCUUCGGUGAUAGGACUUGCAUUGUGUUCAGUUCUAUAUGCAAAUCACAAAGGCACUGGUUCUUUUCAAGAUAUUUAGUUUGAGUUGGGUAGCUUUUACCUCUGAGCAAAAAAGCCGUUCAGUAGUUUUCUUGCAUCCAAGAUCUAAGUGACUAUUCUUGCUCAGAUUUUGUAAUUGUAUUUAUUUGUCCUUUCCAUGAUGACUAACCUUACCCUCUUGAAGAUCACGCUAGAAACUAGAAUUGCUCAGGAAACCCAAGCUGUGACGCAGAUUUUGGUUGCUGGGGGUUCCUUGGAGCUUUAUCCAAGGAAGGACAAUUACAUUGUCAUUUCUGUUUUGCUGCUCAGAUGUAACAAAUCCUGAACUAUGUUAUCUUCACAAUUGCUUUUGCUUUGGACUUCAUCCUGUGACAUCUUCGCUGCUAACAUGACCUCUCCUAAGAUACAGAUGUUCCUUGGUUGAAAUCCUCCUGUGAAGUCUGACUUUCUGUGCACUGGGUUUUGCCGUCCCUACUUAGAACCAUCUGUUGGGGUGUCGAGUGUGCCUUCCAACCUUCCCAUCUGGGCUACUGGUCAGUGUGAAGAAUAAAAGAAGCAUGGUUUGUUUUUUUUUUUUCCUGUAGGAAAUCAUGUUUCUACCACAUCGUUCUACACUACUACCUCAGCACCAGAUGGUCUUUCUGUGCCAAAAAGUUACCUGUAGAUAACAAAUACUAUCAUUUACCCCAUAUGUGUAUUUCAUUUCUUUGAACUGAGCACGCAGACACACCAAAGAGUAGUUUGUAUGUGAGAAAUCCAGUCUCCUAAAAAAUAUGGAGAAAGAAAAUCAUCAUGAAUUUCCCUUUAAAGGGAGAAUUUCUCCAGCAGUGACCUUUGUUAGGACAAUUUACAGAGCAAAUUUCUUGAAUAAAAAGGUGUUUCUGUAAAACAACUAAAA